AAACACCAUGUGUGGCGGGAGAGCGCGACAAAAGACCGAAAAGAGUGACCGUCACGCUCAAUGCGGGACACUCGAGAGCCCUGGAGGACAAGCAGGAGUUACUAUCGCAACAUCUUUUCAGAUUUCUCCUCAGACUCCUGGCGCAGACUGCAUCAAAGAAGGUCAACCGGUUGGACGUGAAAAUUGUGCAGGCCCUUGGUUGUCGGAUCGUGCCCUUGAACGGCGUGCCGAUGGAGGUGAAGGAGUUUGCGGUGUGCGACCCCACAGGCCAGACUUCGCCGAGUGUGUGGGGGGCCCAGGUAGUGUCUGUACAAGAGGGCAGGUCAUACCAGUUCGACGCACUGGCCACCAGGAAGCAGGGCGACCUCACAGUUCUUACCACCACUCCCUCCACUGCUAUUUCGGAAAUAGCCGAGGUCGGCCAGCCGUCGUCGAUGGAGCCACUGUCUGCCGGUGUGAAGCAGACAGUCCGAGGGGAGGUCACUGGCGUGCAGAUCGUGGCGAAUCCUCGGUGCUGUAGGUGCCAUGCCAGCCAGGACGGCUUGGCCACUAGGAGCACCACACACUGGUGCGAGCGCUGCAAAAUUCUCCAACAGACUAACGCCUACACGUUCACUUAUGCCAGCGUUCUGAUAGUCAUGGGGGACGAUGGCGUGGAGCUGUCCGGCAACUUCACGAACUCUGCCAUCUUCAACUACGUGCGGGAUAACUUCCUCUCCGCCUCGGCUCACGACGGCAUGGUGCUGGAGGAGCACGUGAUCGGUCAGGGCGAGCUUGAGGUGACCACGAACGGAGAGGGCUUGGUUCUGGGUUUCGUGAGUGCGCGCUCGGCUGAGCCCGUUCAGUCGCCCGCCGCACAAGGCGACCAGGAGGAAUUGAGUCUGGAGGAACUCUUUGAACAUGAUGAGGACACUGAAGGCUGAGGCUGGCAAAGGACUUUGGGGCUUGUCCACUGUUGUUCGGUCAUGGACAUUUGCUGCCGCUGUCUUGGCGAGUUCUUUUUAGCACGCUUUGUUCUUACGUUUUAACCCGGGUGUUUUUUUUUUUUGCUUCUUUGAUGCUCUUAGGGAUCUUUUUGUUCUUGCUUCUUUGAUGCUUUUACGGUCCAAAUUUGUCAUUGUUGGCGCUUCUGAUGCUCGUAAUAAACUGCUUUUGUUCUGA